GUACUGCCUUAGUAUUAGCUGAUUCCCUUCCAUCAAGAUUGGAUGGCAUCUUAGAUAGGUCUAGAAAGGCAGAAUUUUUGUCAGUAGCAGGUGGGAAUCUUUCUUAUCUCAACAGAGAUUUAUCACCAGA